CGCCAACCCCAACUAAGACGACACACCAUGCCUGAACCGUUGCAAGACCCCAAACAGUACCAGAAUAUCUUCCACUGGGCAGAGACCCAAAAGGACGGCGCCAUUCCGUCCUUUGCUACCAGGAAAAAUGACCCCUAUGAGUAUCAAUCUGGCUUCGGCAACGUCUUUGAAUCCGAGGCGGUGCCAGGCACCAUACCCCAAGGCCAGAACAACCCCAGAAAUGUCAGAUUUGGACUCUAUGCCGAGCAGAUGACGGGCUCUGCAUUCGUCGCCCCCAGACACUUGAACAAAAAUGCCUACCUAUACAGAGCGCGGCCUGCCGUUGCCCACCAAGGGUUUACUGACUUGCCGGAUAACGAGGACACCGAGUCAAACUUCCUUCCUUUGAACAAGCGCGUCCAUGUGUCGCCUACGCAGUUAGCUUGGCUGCCCUUUGACAUCCCCACUGGUGGAAAUGUCGACUUCAUCUCCGGUCUUAAGACUAUUGCCGGUUCAGGCGACCCGACUCUCAGGGAGGGUCUAGCCGUGCAUACGUAUCUGUGCAAUGCGAGCAUGGAACGGAGGGCCGCUGUUAACUCGGAUGGCGACUUUUUGAUUGUGCCCCAGCAGGGUCCUCUGGACAUUUUGACUGAAUUUGGGCCCAUGUAUGUCCAGCCAGGCGAGAUUUGCGUCAUCCAACGCGGACAGCGAUUCAAGGUCAAGGUCGAGGGUCCGACCCGAGGCUAUAUUCUGGAAAUCUGGGGAUCACAAUUCCAACUUCCAGAGCUGGGCCCUCUGGGGGCGAAUGGACUUGCCAAUGCUCGUGACUUUUUGCACCCCAAGGCCAAAUACGAGAUUGAAAAGGCGCCAUGGGAGAUUGUGUACAAGCUUGCUGGAAAGUUCUUUGUCAGCAAGCAGGAGCACUCGCCAUUUGAUGUUGUUGCGUGGCAUGGCAACUAUGUGCCGUACAAGUACGACCUGACCAAGUUUGUCAACGUUGGUUCCAUCUCGGUUGACCACAUUGACCCGUCCAUCUUCUGUGUCAUUACGGCCCCCUCUCGCGAUUCGGCUGCGCCGCUGGCAGACUUUUUGAUUUUCAGCCCGCGAUGGGACGUGGCUUCUCACACCUACCGUCCACCAUACUACCACCGCAAUGGAGCCUCUGAGCUCAUGGGUUUGAUCUACGGCGAAUACGCGGGUCGUUCAGACGAGUUCCAGCCCGGAGGUGUUAGCUUCGAGUGCGGCUUUGUGCCCCACGGUGUUGCAUAUGAGGAGUUCAAGGCAGCGAGCGCGCAGCCGCCGCCUGAGAUGCAAAUCUCAAAGGGCGCAAUCGCUUUCAUGAUGGAGAGUUCGCGCAUGUUCUCCAUUACCGACUGGGCAUGGAACAGCAGCAAGAAGCACGAGCACAACCCGAGCAUGUGGGAUAAUCUCGUCGACAACUUUUCCAGCCACAAGGAUGAGGUGGAGAAGCUGCUGGCUGAAGGCGUUAAGAAGCUCUGAUUGGGAAAUGUCUGUGUAGCGAGGCUACGUACAAGUACAUGCUCUGUAUAGGCGUGUGGGUAGAUUACGAAAAUAGCAAAAACACCAAAAAUGCACAGCUCGUUAACACUUGC